AUGGUUCACUCCGCGGGCAAGACGUCCCAAUUCACCGAUGCUGCUCUCCAACAGCGUAUGCAGCUGGCCGGCAAGGCUGGCCCGCAGGCGCUGGUCAGGAACCUCCGUGUCUUCCUGAUUGCCUGCUUUGCUUGCAUUGGUGGUCUUCUUUAUGGUUACAACCAAGGUGUCUUCAGUGGUGUCUUGACCAUGAACUCCUUCAAUAGACACAUGGGUGAUUACACGACCGACCAGUCGAAGAAAGGCUGGCUCACCUCCAUCCUUGAGUUGGGUGCCUGGACAGGCACUCUCUACUCUGGCUUCCUCGCCGAGAUCAUCUCCAGGAAAUAUGCCAUCUUGGUCAACACCUGCAUUUUCAUCCUUGGUGUCAUCGUGCAGUGCACCGCUGUCCAGGCUGGUCACUCGGCAAUCCUAGGAGGCCGUUUCGUUGUGGGAAUGGGCGUGGGCUCACUCUCGAUGAUCGUUCCAAUGUAUGUCGCCGAGUGCUCGCCUCCUGAGCUUCGAGGAUUGCUCAUUGGAGUGCAACAAUUCGCCAUCGAGUUUGGCAUUAUGGUCAGCUUCUGGAUUGACUAUGGUACCAACUAUAUCGGAGGAACUGGCGAUGGCCAGUCUGAGGCGGCCUGGCUCGUGCCCCUUGCCCUUCAACUUUUCCCUGCCCUCGUCUUGCUUGUCGGAAUGGUCUGGAUGCCGUUUACUCCUCGAUGGCUGGUCCACCAUGGACGCGAAGAGGAAGCUCGUCGGACACUGGCCACUUUGAGAUCGCUCCCUAUCGAUCAUCAACUGAUUGACUUGGAGUUCCUCGAGAUCAAGGCUCAGUCGAUGUUCGAGAAGCGGACUGUCGAGGCAAACUUCCCUCAUCUGGCAGAAAUGACGGCAACCAACACCAUCAAGUUGCAGUUUGUUGCAAUCGGGUCGCUAUUCAAGACAAUGCCCAUGUUCCGCCGCGUUAUUGUCGCGACAGUGACCAUGUUCUUCCAACAAUGGACUGGUAUCAACGCCGUGCUUUACUAUGCUCCUCAGAUCUUCGGCUCUCUUGGUCUGUCAUCAAACACUACAUCACUGCUCGCAACCGGUGUGGUCGGUAUUGCCAUGUUGUUGGCAACUAUCCCAUCCAUCCUUUACAUCGACCGCAUUGGAAGAAGACCUGCCCUGGCUCUGGGUGCCCUUGGAAUGGGUCUGUGCCACUUCAUCAUCGCCGUCAUCUUUGCGAAGAAUCAGCACCAAUGGCCCACUCACCAUGCUGCUGGUUGGGCUGCUAUUGUCAUGGUGUGGCUCUUCGUCAUCCACUUCGGUUGGUCCUGGGGUCCUUGUGCUUGGAUCGUUGUCGCUGAGGUCUGGCCUCUGUCUGCGCGCCCCUACGGUAUCGCCCUUGGAGCAUCCUCGAACUGGAUGAACAACUUUAUUGUCGGCCAAGUCACUCCCGACAUGAUCACUGGCAUCACAUACGGGACCUUUAUUCUCUUUGGCUUGUUGAUCACCCUGGGAGCUGGAUUUAUCUGGUUUUUCGUCCCUGAAACCAAGCAACUCAGUCUUGAGGAGAUGGAUCUGGUAUUCGGCUCCAGCGGUGUCGCCGCUGCAGACCAGGAGCGCAUGGCCCAGAUCAACGCCGAGAUUGGUCUCACUCGUCGCCUCAGCGCCCUCCAAGGAAUCGACCACAGCAGUGACGAGAAGGUCUCCGAGGUCCGGGAAAAGACGGCCGAGACAAAGGUUGUGUGA